AUGAACUUGACAAAACCAAAAGCGGAAGAAGAGAGAUUCAAAAUAGAUACAAUAGAGAAGAAGGAUGGGUCUACUAACAGUACUCAAAAAGUUAAAGCAGAAAGAAAAGGAAUUGAGAGUAUUGAUGUUGUAAGUUUAGGAUUAGAUAAUGCAGGAAAGACAACUAUAGUUAAAAAGUUUAAUGGAGAGGAUAUCAGUAGUAUUAGUCCUACUUUGGGUUUCAAUAUUCAAACGUUGUGGCACAAAGAUUAUAAACUAAACAUUUGGGAUAUCGGUGGACAAAGAACACUUCGAAGUUACUGGCGUAACUAUUAUGAAGAGAAUGAUGCUAUCAUUUGGGUUAUUGAUAGUAGUGAUAUCAGAAGAUUAGAUGAUUGCAAGAAUGAAUUAAAAACUUUAUUAGAAGAAGAGAAAUUAGCUGGUGCAUCAUUAUUGAUAUUGGCAAAUAAACAAGAUUUAAGUGGGUCAAAGACAAAGGAAGAGAUUGCUGAUUAUCUAGAAUUGAAAUCAUUGUCUACUCACAGUUGGAAGAUUUGUAGUUGUAGUGCUGUCACUGGUGAAGGAUUGGAAGAAGCUAUCGAUUGGGUUGUUAAUGAUAUCAUCUCAAGAUGUUUUGUAUUGGAUUAA